GAGUAAAUGUCAAAGGGAUUUCGUCAUCAAUCAACGUUGGUGUUGUCUCUCAUGGCUUGCUUAAGUGCAAAAAAUUGUGAAUUUACGUGUUGAAUGUUACCAGAACUCAAACUUGUGACGAUUGCUUCUCUAGGUGUUCUGAACACACAGAUAUGUGUUUGGACCAACUCUUACCAAAUAUGCUUUGACAUUUGCAAGCUGUAACGUGUGCAUGGGUCAAGACCGUUAUCUUUACCAACACAUCAUCGUCCGAACAGCCACGCACAUGAAAAGAAGCCUGAAUGCCAGAAUGAUGAUUUGGGCCUAAAAUAGCAUUUGGAUGGAAUUCAAUGGACAUGUUGACGCCAGAGUGCUGACAUGCUAUUGUUAAGAUCCUUCGAGAAAGUGAAACGUGUCAGGUUAAUGUGUGUCUGGACAUGUGUUCCACUUUAAGGAUGUACAUACACACUUUCUUAAGUAUCCUUACUUUUUUAACGAGGUGAUGAUUCUCCUUAACCAACAGGAACAUUCGGCUAAACGUCAUUCGGCCAAUAUGAAUAAAUCCCUAUUCCUGCUCGUGUUCUUUUCCGGAGCGUGCGUGGCGAUCUUCUCAGUGUUGCUUUCGGAUUAUAUUCGGACCUUACGCGAUCAAGGUCGAUUUCAUCCCUUACCUGAUAUCGCUCAUUUAUCUGUGAUCGAAGAGAAACAUGUGUUCUUCAAACGACCUGAAACCGAGCUCGAGCCUCAACGACCUCGGGAGGUGUUGGAGACUUCAGCUUGUGAGGCUGAAGCCUUGAAAACGCUCCAAGUGGCUGUGAAGAGUCAGGAAAAGUCUCAUACCAGCCGCGCCCAUAAAUUGUUCAAACAUGCCAUGGUCUUGUGUCCCAAGCAUCCGGAAGUCUUGAUCCGAUUCGGAGAGUUCCUCGAGAGUCUGGGCGAAGAUGUGGUAGCAGCCGACCAUCUGUUUGUCCGAGCCAUAACCUUUGCCCAACCCGAAAGCCAUGAGCAUGAACGGGCAUUGGCGAAUCGCCGACGUACCUCGGUCAUGGUGGAGGAAAUCGAUCGUGCCACCUUGAGUCGGAUCAAUGAUAAGAAACGGACUUUUCAGAGAAUCAGUGAGCACAGUGCGGCCAUGAAGCGGGCUAAAUCGGAAGCCUACAUCCACCACAUCCAUCACUCGGUGGGAAUUGAAGGCAAUACCAUGACCUUAGCCCAGACGCGAUCCAUUUUGGAGACCAAGCUCGCCGUCGCGGGAAAAAGUAUUAUGGAACAUAACGAAGUUUUGGGCUUGGAUUCUGCAUUGCGGUAUAUCAAUCAAACUUUGGUUGACAAGGUGGGCGAGAUUACCCUGCAGGAUAUUCUUGAAAUUCACAAACGGGUUAUUGGCCAUGUCGACCCGAUCGAAGCCGGAAUAAUACGACGGACUCAAGUCUUUGUUGGCGAUUACGUGCCCCCUCAUCCGUCUCACAUCGACUUGCUCAUGGAAAAGUUCAUCGACUGGUUGAACUCGUCGGAGAAUCUCGAUAUGCAUGCGGUUCGCUACGCAGCCCUGGCUCACUACAAACUCGUCUACAUUCAUCCUUUCGUGGACGGCAAUGGACGGACAUCGCGGCUGUUGAUGAACCUCAUUCUUAUGCAAUCUGGUUACCCACCCAUUAUCAUUCGUAAACAAGACCGAUUGAAAUAUUAUCAAGCCUUGGUCACUGCUAACGAAGGAGAUAUUCGACCCUUUGUGAGAUUCAUCGCCGAAUGCACGGAGCGAACAUUGGACGCCUAUGUUUCCGCCACUCAAGAGAAUCCCAAGGGACCGGGGCUGGUUCCUUUUGGCGAGGAACACGACAGCAUAAUAUCCUCCUCCGAGGAGAGUCUCGCGUAUCAUGAGCAAAUCAUCCUCGGGGGAUUAGUGGGAAACAACAUCUCUGUGGAGCUAUGAGAUAUCAAAUCUAACAACAGGCCUUCAUUCCUUCAGAGACAAAUCAUGACGUGUGUGCAAAAAUAUAUUUUAUAGAUGCCUUUAUAUAUUAAUAACCGGGAAACAGCAAAUCAGUGCGUCGAGUUCUUGGUUAGUUUUAAUAGCCUUGCUCUGUGUAACAAUCCCCGAGUUGCAAUUUCAGGAUGCCCUUGUCAAAUGAUCCUAGGAUACAUGUCCCAUCUUUCCACGUAAUGGUCCCUUUGCCAUGAGGAAAAUCAUUAGAAAACAAUCCUUCGUAAACGACACCAUUGGCCCAAGUAAAUCUUGAAGAAAACAAGGAAAUCAGAGAACUGCUUUUGACGAGGUACCCCAAGACAAAUACUCACUUUCCUAGUCCGUGUUUAAGUCCAUUCAGAAACUCGCCGACGUAUACGUUGCCACAAGCUUCUUUGUAGAUGCCUUGUCCAUGGAAUUGAUUAUCUUUGAAUGGGCCUGUGUAAGUGUCACCAUUUUUUAACCUCGCCAUGCCUUCAGCUUUAACAUUUUUGGCGUAAA